UCACUCACCGCAUUUCCCAGCACAUAGUCUCAUCCCGCACACGCAAUCUCAUCCAACACUCCUCUUCUCAAAUUUUAGUUUCCAUGGCUCCCGCAAGGGCCGACAAGAAGCCCGCAGAGAAGAAGCCGGGGGCGGAGAAGUCUCCAGCGGAGAAGAAGCCGAAGGCAGAGAAGAAGAUCCCGAAGGAAGGAGGCAGCGACAAGAAGAAGAAGCGCACGAAGAAGAGCGUGGAGACCUACAAGAUCUACAUCUUCAAGGUCCUCAAGCAGGUGCAUCCUGACAUCGGCAUUUCCAGCAAGGCCAUGGGGAUCAUGAACAGCUUCAUUAACGACAUCUUCGAGAAGCUCGCACAGGAAGCCUCGCGUUUGGCUCGCUACAACAAGAAGCCAACUAUUACUUCUCGGGAGAUUCAGACCGCUGUGCGUUUGGUGCUGCCUGGGGAGCUUGCCAAACACGCCGUCUCCGAAGGCACCAAGGCUGUCACCAAAUUCACUAGCUCUUGAAUUUGGAUUUUAAUCGGAUCUAGGGUUUCAUGUGCAUUUUAUUUUCUUUUUUCUUUUUAAAUAGAUUGUAGAUGUAAUCGGAUGGAUAGUUGUUGGUAAUGGAAGAAUGUUUCGUUUCAAUAAUUAUAUGUCGUGUUUAUCAAUUGUGCUAUUGCCAUGUGGUUAGGGUUGUUAGUUUGACUCUGUAAAUGUGUGACUAGAUGAGGGGUGGAAUUUUGCCUAAAUCAAUUUUUAAACUCUUCUAUUGUUUUGCGCAAUUUGAUGAACAUUGGUUAAACUA